GCUGUUUUUGUUUUUUAUUAUUGAAUUAGGCGGGUGUGAUUGAGCUGGAAAGAGACUGUCUUUCCCAUCAUGCAAUCCUGGUCGGAAAUGAAAAAGCCUGGCCAAGGCGGAGCAGUUUUUUCUUUGUGGACGUAUUGUUUCUCCUAGAUUUCAGCCACUUAACUAAAUCGAAGUCUCGACGACGUGUCCUGCAUUAGCCACAUUACGGAGUCAAACAUCAGUCUUCAAGUCUGGGCACUCGUUCAAGUUUUGUCGCCUACUAUAGCCUAGCCUAGCUGGCCAACCGCUAACAAAGCUGCAAGGCACGACGUCAAGCGUUCAGAAAUCAAAAUAUGUUCGCGAGAACUACACCGGCUGCAUAUAAGUUCCAAGAGGAACUCUGUGGAGUAAAAGAGGAGCCCCGACGUCACAAGGAUUCAACUGUGUGCAAAAUAAUGCACGGAAAGGUUGUUCAUCGCAGACUCGAAGGUUUCAGAAAAUAUCUUGAUGAGCCAGAAUCUCCUGGCAUGAAAGAGGAUGUGGAGCUCCCCCAAAUCAAAGAGGAGGAGGAGCCUGAGCCCUGUAAAGAGCACCUUCCAAUCAAAAAGGAGGAGGAGCUGCUAUAUGGUAAAGAGGAGGAAGGUAUCACCAGUUUGACUGGUGAGCCGUUGAAGAGUGAAGAUGAUCCGAGUGAGGCCAGUAGAGGGGCGGAGCCUCCAAGCGAGGGGAGUUGCAGCAGUUCAACAGAAGGAUUGCAAGCAGACAUUGACAACGCUCCAUCAGACAGAGAUGGCGCCAAAUCACACUUACCUUACAACGAUGAUGGUCAUAAGACAUCUCACGGUGAUGACAAACUCUGCAAAUGCUCUCAGUGUGGGAAAACCUUUGCUACUAAGCAAAGUUGUCGUAGGCAUAUGAGGAUCCACACUGGUGAAAAACCCUAUGUCUGCUCAGUUUGUGGAAAAUGUUUUAUUCAGUCGGGAGACUUAACAACACACACAAGAACCCACACUGGUGAAAAACCUUUUUCCUGCUCAGUUUGUGAUCAAAGAUUUGCUCAAAAGCAAACCCUAAAACAACACACAAGAACCCACACUGGCGAAAAACCUUUUUCCUGCUCAGUUUGUGGUCAAAGAUUCAGUCAAAAGCGAUACUUGAAAGCACAUAUAAGAAAUCACACUGGUGAAAAGCCUUUUUCCUGCUCGGUUUGUGGUAAUGGCUUCCCUCAAAAGCAAAACUUAGAAAUACACACAAGAAGUCACACUGGUGAAAAACCUUUUUCCUGCUCAGUUUGUGAUCAAAGAUUUGCUCAAAAGCAAAGCUUAAAAAAACACACAAGAACCCACACUGGCGAAAAACCUUUUUCCUGCUCAGUUUGUGGUCAAGGAUUCGCACAUAAAGAAACCUUACAAACUCACACAAGAACCCACACUGGUGAAAAACCCUUUUCAUGCUCUGUUUGUGGUCAAAGAUUUACUCGGAAGGAUAGGAUAAAGACACACGUGUGUGUUGGUGUGACUGUUUUGCCUGUCAUCCAUGCUGGCUUCAUGAGAUUUUGCACGCCGGACGAUUGUAUUCCGUUGAACUUUCUUAAAUCCUGUUGAGGAUUGGCACUUUUGGUGCCUUGCUUUAUCCAAUUGUUGUAUGAUGUGCAUUCCCCGUAAUGCCAAAACCUCACCUGAUUGAACUCUCUCAAGUUAAGUAGCAUUUUAUAUAUAUAUAUAAUAUUCUCCCUUUGAAACGAUACUGUUAACCUUAAUUAUUUGAAACAGCAGACCCCAAAUUCCAAAAAUUCAAAAUCAUUCAUAAAUAAUGUCAUUAAAUAAAUAUGCAAAAUUAGGAUAUAUUGUUCAAUGUUGCAAAAUUAUAAUGAAAGAAAUACUGGCUCCCAAAUUAGUUUUUUUGUUGUGGGAUUAAUGUUUGUUUCAUUUUUAACAAUUACUAUUGCAUUCCUACUUGUCAUUUUCUGAGGCAUGUUACAACGGAGUAUGAGAGCCUAAUAAAGAAAAACGGUAUGGGGGGCGGGUUUUGGUAUCUAAUUUUUGUUAAAAAUUAAUAUCUACUGUAAUACACAAAACACACAAAAUUUGGCGUAUUCAACUUUAGAGACGAAAUUUACGUUGAAAAUGUUUUUGUUUGUUAAUAACAUGGUUACCACCUGAUACAUUGUUUGCGACAAGGGUCACGUUGAAUAAGACGCUAUUGGAACGGAAAAGUUCACUGUUGACAGAGGAGGCGUUACCAUGGCGCAGAAACGAUUUUUUUUACUAUACAAAAACAGACAAAUUUUCUAAAAUUCAGUUGAAGGUCGAAAAUGAAGAUGAUUAUGGUGAUAGUUCUUUAAUAGUGCCCAGUGAGGAAAAGUUAGCUGCAGAUUUAGACUGUGGUGGCCAGAAAGGAAAUCCAUCGUUGGUGUCUUCAAAUAAGUAGAUUUAAAAAAAAAAAUUUGCUAAAGUAUUAUUUGUUGUUGCUGUUUAGCUUCUGCCAUGUAGAUCGCUGUUUGUUAUCUGUGUGCUGGUCCCCCCCUAAACUCCGCGUAUGGAUUUGGGUCUGGAGACCGACUAGGCCGGGGGUCGGCAAUCUGUGUUUUGAGAGCCGCAUGCUGCUCUUUAGCGCUGCCCUAGUGGCUCCAUGGAGCAUUUUCAAAAAUGUUAGAAAAAGGAAAAACAUGGUUGAAGGAAAUAUAUUUUUUGUUUUUAUAUGGUUUCUGUAGGAGGAUAAAAGUGACACAAACAUUCGUAAUGUUUUCGAAUGCUGUAAAAAGGGGCAGAAUAAAUAUCAAAUUUCAACAUUUCUGUCAACUAAGAUUUGUGUCAUAGCCUUUGACACAUGUUUAUAUCAGCAGGUGGGCAUGCCAGGUAGGUGGCUAUUGUAAACAAAUCGGCAGUAGAGUACCCAGUUGGGAGUGAGAGAAAAAGUGUGAUUCCAUUAUUUCUGAAGAACUUAGAGGAGUGCAAAAAUAAAUUUAAGAAGUGGAUUGCAUCUUUAAACUCAACUGCGACUGCUGCAUGUUUUGUUGCAACCCGGGAGAUAGUAAAGCGUGGAAAACGGUUCACAGAUGGUGAGUACACACCAGGAGACAUUCAUCAACAUAUCGGAACACCUAUUUGCAGACUUUAAAAACAAAACUGAAAAAUAAAAUAAAAUCAAAGACAUGCCCAGAUAAGGGGCAUGUUAUGCACGUUCGAUUUUGUAUUUCUAUAAUUUCCUAAAAGCCAUGAAACAAUUCAUUAAUAUUAUAAUGAAGUUAAACUUGAGGUAGCAUCAUACAAUAGAGUAGUCACACAGUGGUAUGUCGGAUACACUGCAGGGAAAAUAAACAUUAAAUAAUGAAGGCUCAUUAUGUAUUUUUAGCCGACUGUCAUUUCGAUCGUAGGCUAAUAUAGCGAAUACAGAUACAUACAGCAUGUGUUGCCUUCAUGAUUAGGCUUAUUUAAGGCUUUUUUGUGGCGCUAGACGUAUUUGUUUUUUUUGGUCCAAUAUGCCUCAACAUUUUGGGUUGCCAACCUCUGGACUAGGCUAUGCUCGAACCUUAUCGUGCCCAGGCACGACCCAUCUUUAAUGCUCUGAUUGAAGGAAGGAGCUUGUUCCCCAAAGUCUCACAAUACAGGGCCCCAGGCAUCCCCUCGAUAUUACAGUGCACUCGUCCUGUCCCAUCCGCAGAAAAACACCCCUAAAGCACGAUGCUACCACCCCCAUGCUUCACAGUCGGGAUGGUGUUCUUGAGAUAGUACUCAUCAUUCUUCUUCCUCCAAACACGGUUAGUGGAAUUACUCUCAUCUGACCACAAAACUUGCUCCCAUGACUCCUCUGCAUCAUUUAAAUGGUAAUAGGCAAACUUAAAACGGGCCUUGACAUGUGCGUUUUAAGCACGGGAACUUUCCAUGCCAUACAAGAUUUCAAGCCAUGACGUCUUUGUGUAUUACCAACAGUAACUUUAGAAAUUGUUGUCCCAGCUCUUUUCAGGUCAUUGACCAACUCCUGUCGUGUAGUUCUGGGCUUUUUUAGGAUCAUUGACACGCCACAAGGUGAUAUCUUACAUGGGGCUACACUCUGAUAUAGAUUGACCGUAAUGUUUAGCUUCUUUAAUUUUCUAAUGAUUGCUCCAACAGUGGACCUUUUAAUGCCAAGCUGCUUGGCAAUUGCUGCGUAGCCCUUUCCAGCCUUGUGAAGUUAAACAAUUUUGUCUUUGGACAGUUCUUUGGUAUUGACCAUGUUACAAGUUUGAGUCCUACUGAUUGUAUGGGAUGGACAGGUGUGUUUAUGCUGCCAUCGACCUCAAACGAGUGCAUUUCAUUCGGGAUAAUACAUGGAGUGGAGGUGGGCUUUUUAUAGGCAGAAAAACAGGUCUUUCAGGGUCAGAAUUGUAGCUGAUAGACAGGUACAAAUACUUUGCAGCUGUAUCACACUCAUAAAUUGUAAAAAAAAAAAAUUAUUAUUAUUAUUAUUAUAAUGCAUUGUGAUUUGUGGAUUUUUCUUUUGAGAUUAUUUCUCUCACAGUGGACAUGCACCUACAAUGAACAUUUCAGACUCCUCCAUAAUUUAUAAGUGGGAGAACUUGCAACAUAGCAGGGUGUUCAAAUACAUAUUUUCUUCACUGUAUAAUUUAUAUUAACUGUAAUAGAGUAUCUUAGUAUAGGUAAAUAGUAGUAAAUAAUAAAUAAUAUCAAAAACGAUCUGUUCAUAUGGCCAUUAGGCCCAAAUAGUUAUUUUUUAAAAAUAUUGAUCAUAUAAGAAAGGAAUAAUAACUUGUAAAAAUACUAGUUGUACUUGUUGCUAAAGAGAUAAAACAAUAGCAACAAUAGAAAAAAAAAAACAUAAAAAACUAAGAAAUGUAUUUUACAUACAUUUAAAAAGUACACUGUAAAUUUUUUUCAUUCAUUCAUCUUCUGAGCCUAUCCCAGCCAACUAUGGGCAGUAGGCUGGGUACACCCUGAAUUGCUUGCCAGCCAAUUACAGGGCACGAGGAGACAAACAAUCUGUCACGCAAACACUCAUAACUAUGGACAAACUGGAGUGUCCAAUCAGCCUAGUGUGCAUGUUUUUGGGAUGGGGUGUGGGAGGAAAGCGAAGUACCCGACGUAAAACUCCACAGGCACUGUUACAAAAUUCAAAAGUCACAACUGAGAGGCAUAUAUGCUAAUUACUCUUCCACCAUGCCGGGACCAGGGCAUAAAAGCCAGCCCACGUAGGGUAAGAAGGGAAAGGAAAGGUGGGGGGGGGGGGGUUGUGCAGAUGUCUACUGAGGUGAGCUGCGACACAAGCUGGAAUCGAAGAACCGCCAGACAGAACAGCGGUGACUUGCACUCAUGUGUUUUUUCUUUUUUUAAUCCUUGACACAACACAUCAUGACUGUUUUUGUUUUAUGUGUUUGUUUGGGGCCUAGAUAUAUGUAAUAAGGAGAAAUUUGAAUUGCAGUUGAAAUAAAAAAUGCAUAAUUGUGAAAGAUUUUUUUUGAAAUUGCAAUUUUGCAGCUCCAAAAAUGUUUACAAUGUAAUAUAAACAUUAAAAUGACAUUUUUGUACCUCCAGCAUCAUGUCACUUCAAACAAAAAGCAAUUAUGCAUGGCCACGAAUGUAACAAUAAUAAAACCUGGAAAUUGUUCAACAACAAAAAGUAUCAACAUCAUGUAUAUCCAAAAAUAUUUAUUAUGUAAGAAAAAAGUGGGAAUUAUUCACAUCCAACAGUAUGUACAAUAUGCAAUUUCAAGCAAAUACUUAUAUAUGAAAAAAAGUGGCAAUUAUUCACAAGCAAAAUUCACAAUAUUUAGUUUUGAAAAAUCAGCAAUUAUGUUUCCAAAUUAUAUUUACAAUAGUCAGCACUUUUAGAGUGUGUUUUUCCACUCCUGUAUGGUUUGUCCAGAAACAGGACAAUAAUAUUUCCGUUUUACUUGGCUAUGAUUAGUUUUUUGCCUUUCCACAUUUUUGGCACUGGUAUUGAUGAUUUUCUUUAUAUCGCCUUUUCUUCGGGGCUUCCCCUCUUGCCUCACGCUCCUGGUCUUCUAGAGUGGAAGAGUCUGUGAAUUGGCAAGACUGUUGUCAGUAUACUGCUAUCAGAUGAGACACACGCAAAUAGACAAAAGCACUCAGAGACAAAACUUUCAGCUGCUUGCUGGUCAGGCACAGAACCAGCAGACUUGCAAAAAGUUCCCCAGGGCCGAGGCAAGGUUUUCUUUUUUGAUUUAAUGAAUAUUUUGGAGAAGCCUCGUCAGAUGGAUGCAGGUGGGAGUAGGCCAACAGAUUCAAUAUCUGGGCGAUUUCAUGCGUUGACAAUGCUGUGACAGUUCAAUUCAGGCCAACAAACGCCCCUAGAUCAUCCACUCCCUCCCAGCAGAUCGGAACAGAUGAGGUUUUGGAAUGAUUUAAAGGAAAGGAGAAUUAAAACUGUUCUGUUCUUGAGGUGUACCGUCGUAAGGACUAAUUGUAAACAGGAUGGUGUGCCGAUCAGAGCACAGGUAGAAAAGUGACAUGAAUCCACUGCUGAAUUUAAAUGGCUUUAAUUUGCUUAAUAUUCAUCCAAA